AGCACACGCAGCCACAGCCUACACAGGAGGAGAAGAGAUCCACUGAGCUGCAGCAAUGGGGCGUGGGAAAGUGGAGCUCAAGAAGAUCGAGAACACGACGAGCCGCCAGGUCACCUUCUCCAAGAGGCGGAUGGGCCUGCUCAAGAAGGCAAACGAGCUGGCCAUUCUUUGCGAUGCGCAGGUUGGGGUGAUCGUCUUCUCCGGCAGUGGCAAGAUGUACGAGUACGCCAGCCCUCCAUGGAGGAUUGCAAACAUCUUUGACAGAUACCUGAAAGCCCCCAGCACCCGCUUUGAUGAGAUGGACGUCCAGCAGAAAAUCAUCCAUGAGAUGACAAGGAUGAAGGAUGAGAGCAACAGGCUGAAGAUCAUCAUGAGGCAGUACAUGGGCGAGGACCUGGGCUCGCUGACCCUGCAAGACGUGAGCAAUCUUGAGCAGCAGAUCGAGUUCUCGCUGUACAAGGUUCGCCUUAGGAAGCAGCUACUUGACCAGCAGCUGCUCGAGAUGCGCCAGAGGGAGAUGCACAUGUCAGAGGACCAGAGCAGCAGCUACAUGUUCCACAUGAAUCCGGCGAGGGAUCAGCCGGGCCAGUCGGCCGACGUGAUGAAUCCGAAGCUGUUCCCUCUGUGGGACGUCGGCGACCAGAUCUACGGCCAGGACGCCGAGUCCUCCAUGACGGCUCUCAAGCUCUCGCCGCAGCUGCAGGAGUACAAGCUCCAGCCGGUGCAGCCCAACCUGCAGGAGGGCAACCUCCAUGGCUACGUCCUCCGCCUCUGAUUUCAGGACAUGCACCAUGGACCUGACAGACACUACUGAUGGAGGACGGAUGAGCAGAGCUUCCCUGUCUGAAUCUGCUCUGGAACGGUGUUCUAAUCAGCUUACAUUAGUAUCUUAUAUACUGCACUGUGUGUAUUAACUGCUAUUGCGUUCGCUAGAUUAUGUUUCAUGAUGCUUGUAAAUGAGGAGCGUGCCACCUGAUUUAUGUGCCUUGAGGAACUACCUCUGUUUCUGUCAAGAAGAUGUGUUGUGAGUGUGACCCGGAGAGGUUAUGCCUUGCAUUGCUGU